CUUUUUUUCACACACGUGCUUAAACGCUUCUUUUUCUUUUUCUGUAUAUAAAUAAUUAAAAUAGUACAAGUUCUUGACCAUUCCCUUUUUUCUCUCCUUUAUCUCAAUCCCUAUUUUUGCUUAUUUUUAAUUACAGUCUUCAAAUAAUGCCUUGUUUCAGCCAACCUCCAUCUGUAGUUCUCCAUCUCAUACUACGCAAGAUCAUAGACCCGGACAAUUUCGACAUUGAUGCAUGGACCGCAACCCUCCCGCUCCUGGGCGUCUGUCGUAAAUGGAGAAAGACAGCAGCACCUCUAGUCUACAGAAACGCCAUUCUGGACGGAACCAACGAGCACGGCACCGGCUUCACCAAGCUCAUUCAAUCCAUUACCGAUACCGCAAAUACAGAGCCCAAGCUAAUCUUCACGAACAUCGGCCUGAUCAGGGCCACCGGGAACACCCACAUGGUCAAAACCCUGCAUGUCACUUUGGAUUAUCCGCAGUACUGCCAGUCGCUAGUCACCAAAUCGCCGUCGAUAUUCUCGUUUGAUGAUUGCAACUGGACCAACGUCCAAAGCAUCGCCAUUGUGGGUACCAUCGAGGUCGGCAGCAACGAGGAUGAAGAGGAGGAAGUGCAGUCGGACUAUUGCCACGAGGCACGCACUUUAGCUGAGCAGUUUGCCAAACACAUGCCCAAUGUUUCCGAACUGCAUUUGCCUAUAAACGACGAAACCAAUGGCAUUCAACCUAUUACCCAAAUGCUGCCCCGGCUCUACGCUUCUAAGCUUAAAUACCUGGAAUGCUGCGAGCCGCUUGCACUCGUGGAAUCAACCGAGUUUGCCCAGCUAACCGAUUUAGAAGUUGAUUUGGGCUCGACUGAGUUUGUUCCACGCGUAUAUGUGGAUAUGUUGGAGCACCUGGUUUUAACAAACGUCAACGAGAGUUUUGCCUGGAAAAAACUAACAAUUGGCGAGCAAUCUUCCAGCAUUGUUUUCCCAAACCUGCUCAACUUUACCCUGUCCAUUGAUGAGGCUGCCGAUAUAAAAUCAAUGAACAGUCAAGGUAAAGUGCACUUCCCAGCAGUCAUACAACUGGACAUUACAGCCCCCACUUUUGCUCACUUGGAACACAUCCUGAGCUUUAAACAAUGCCAUUGGCCAAACGUCACCACGCUCGAUAUAGACGUGGAAGAACUAAAAUUUAGCACCUCUGACGAUUCAUUCAACGUAACUGAAAAGCGCGUCAAAUCUCUGGCAUCCAACAUUAAACGAAACAUGCCCAAAGUGACCCAACUAACCCUCAACGAAUGCGCAGCCGAUAGAACUGCAUUCUACAACAUGUUAUUUAAUAUGUACGUGGAUCAGCUAGAUUACGUGGAUUUGGCGUACCCGGUGACAUUCACCGCUGCUCGGUUUGCGCCGCAGCUUACUCACCUGAUACUGCAUCAUUCGCGCUCUUACACUUUGCGCAGUUUGCCUGGACUAUUCGCCAAAACUUUGGAGAAAUUCCAGCUUGUUGACGCAGACGCGUGCUUUUCCUGGGACUUAUUUGGAGAUAAUAAUUCAACAUCACUGGGGGCGCUGAAUUUUGAACAGCUAAGAGAGAUAGACGUUAAUUUUGGCUGGCUCGAACACGACGAAAUAGCGGAUUACCAAAUGUGUGUGGAAAGCAUUCAGGGACAAGGCCAAACCCCUGUAUUGGCCAUCAACUGUCCAAAACUUCACACCGUAAAGGUAACUAACGCAACAAUCAACAGACUUCAAAGACUAAUGCCUUACGGAUACUGUCAAUGGUCCACGGUCAAAACCCUGCAUGUCGCCACACGCAAUUGUGACUUUUAUUAUGCUGAAGCAUACAGCAGCGAUGAAAAUUACUUCAAGGCGACUAAAUUAUUUGCAGAAUAUUUUGUCUCUGGCAUGCCCAGCAUCAGUAACUUGGUUGCCUGUGUGGAAAGUGAUUGCGAUAUAUAUGCAGAAUAUUUCUGCAAAUAUAUUGCUAGCGCAUAUGCGCAUCAGGCUGAAUCGUAUGAGUGUAAUAUUUUGCCUAAUGUGAUGUUGGAUGCAGAUAUAUUCUUGUCGAAUAUUAGAUGUUUGAUUGUUGAUGUUGGCGCCCGGGGAGUGAUCACGUUGCCUAGGGUGAAUCCGGAAAAAAUCGAAAAGAUAUGUAUUUAUGGAAACCUUGAUGAUUUCAAUUGGCAAAUGUUUGUAGACAAAACCAACAUAAACAAUGAUAAUACUAAAGUAAAGGAUAUUGUUUUUGAAAAUCUCAAACAUUUUGAAGUAGAACAGGCAGGCGAAUACCUGGAAAAUCCAAAUGAUAAACUGAUCAAAAGCAACAACCAGCCAUUUAAUUUACACAUGCCUUGCUUGCGCAAUCUGAUCGUUAGGAAUAUAUACAAUAACAGCAGUUUAUUAAAUGCAACCAUUAGUUUCACCCACCUGGGUAAUGUGGAAAUCAAAGGGUUCACACAGGGCGCUAAAGCUGCUGAGUGAUUCCACCAUAAGCAAAAAUAAAAAUAAAAAAUCAGCACGUGCAAUGUUGAAAUCCGCACAAAACCCCCCAAUGAUAUUAUAGAUGACGUAUUAUACCAAGUAACAAAUGAUUUUUACACAGGCCCGAUUAAAAUAAAACAGUCCGGGCUCUACAUAGAUAUAAACGGGGACACCACCCUAGACCCCCAUAA